AAUUGAGGAAUGUCAUACUAAGUGCAGAAACUUGGUCAACAAUUCUGUCAAUUUUAAUGAAGAUACCCUGUCUUUAAUGGAAAGCUUAGACCAAUUAGCUUUAUCUAAAGGGGAUAUCCGAAAAUGCCAAAGCGUUAAAGACUUGCAAUUGUUCAAGCAAAAAACUUUGAAAGAUUUGGAAAAACAUGAAGAACUUGUUGAAGUCAUUAAACAGAAAAUAACCUCUUUAAUUUCCUCAAACAAACAAGUAGAAAACAGUCUCAAAGCUGCAAAAAACUAUUUCCGUGAAGGUCCAGCGCCCAGUAGUUAUCCACCAGUUGACAAAGGAGAUCUGAGUAGAAAAAACUUGAAAUUAAAGGAUAUCGAAAAAGGAGAAGCCAAGGGCAGCUUUGGAAGCUAUGAUAGUUCUGUUUUCUGUUCCAUGAGUCAAAAAUUGUUUCUUGAAGACCAGGCAUCUAUAAAAGUGUACAGAGUCAGUUUUGAUUCAAUUCAAAAGGAAAGAGAAUUUCGCAUUCAAGGAGACUUUUGUCAACUGGCUAUAAGUGGGAGUGGCACUCUGUAUGUCCAUUCUAGGAAAAAGGAUGGGUUCACAGUGAGUGUGGUUGAUAAAGAAAAUGGAAGAGUAGUGAGGACUCUGGAUACUUCGAUAGCAGACGAGUAUUCUUAUUGCAGCAUUCACGCUCAUGAAAAUGUGUUGCUGCUGGUAGAAGGUACACGUACUCGUCAUCAGUACGAAUGUGUGAAUGUGUACGAAAAUGAAGUUCACCAAAGAAGACUCUACCUUCUAUGUGAGUGCCAAUAUAUCAUGUUAUCAGUUUUGUGUGGAAGAGACUAUUUAUUACAGUACACAGGUAUAAGCACACUGGCAUUAAUUGAUCUCAACCAGUCUGAAUCUCAAGCCAAGUUCAAAACAAUACAAUUAGCUCAAACUACAUAUAUGUCUUCACUAAAGUGGGUAGCGAGCGGAGAUGAUCAAAGUGGAGAAGGAUAUCUAUUUACAUCACACGCUACAAAUGAGGUAUUCACUUCUCAGGUGUAUGAGUUGAAUUUGAAGAGUGUCGUAGAUGGUACUCUACUAACGCCACUGCUUGUCCCAUUCAUGAACAGAUAUGGCUCUACAAACGUUUACUUCAGAUGCACAAUGGGAACAGAUGCUAUUUUAUGCGACGAUCUUUGCGGCAAAAAUCACACCGAGUAUAAGAUUAAGAACUAUGAGUACCCAGGGAAUAUUUUGAAGCUGACGAAGAUCACUGAUUGAUAAAUUGUGGAGAUUAUUUAUCCUUCUUCAACUGCAAUUAAUCAUGUUUGGGCUUCUGCUUUUCAUUGUAUAAUAAAAAUUUUAGUGUAUUUAUGCUCAUGACAUGAUAACCUUAGUUUCUAUUAAUGCCCAAGAUUAC